AUGAACGCCACGGUCGUAUUACAACGCGACGUGGAAUGCCACGGUCGGAUCGUGAGCUCCGUGGUGCGCCUGUGCGGCGGAGGCGACGCUGCGCGCGCGCUGGAAAGACGCUGGCACCUGCUGUACUUGAGGGCCAUUGAGUGGCAGUGCCAUCUGGAGGCGUGUCUUGCCAGGAUCGAUAAUCAGGGUGGGGCGUCAGUGGAAGCGGCGAGCGACAGCGACGACGAGCCCGCUCUGAAGCAGCCCCGGCUCAGCAGGCGAGGCUCCCCGCGACGACAGCGGACACCCGUCAACAGGAGGAGGCAGCGCUCGGAGGACAGCCGGCAAUCCGCCUCUGAGGAGGAACAAGAAUAUGUGCUGACCUACACCUGGCGCGGCUUCGGCUCGGACUGUGAAUCGGAGGUGGCUCGCUACCACGACCACAACAUGGCGGACGAGCGGCGAGUGCCUUGCGCGCGCGAUAUGGCUUCCCCGCACACGGACCAGACCGUCCCCGGGGCGUUGGACCAGAUGGAUGGCAUCGAACUGAGCACGACGAUCAACAUAGAGGAAAAGCUGAAAACGCCACCGACCGUCAUCAAAAGAAAGAAACCAGUGGACUCAUCGAAAUUCAACCAAUCCGACAGAAAAUCUAAGAACUGUGCAACUUUCUACUUCAGACACCACGAUACGGACUCUGACAGACAAAUGAUUGAAACCGACGAGAAAUCUCAAGAAGAAUCAUCAGAAGAAGACGAAUGGACUUACGUUGGUGCUCCUAAAAUUGCGAAUGAAGAUUCUACGGAUAUAAUGACGUCAUCAGUGGAGAUACAAUGCGAAUUACCUUUGGAUGAAAAGAAAGAUACCGCGUCUCCAAAGCCGAAAUUGGAAUCGUCUACGCCAGAUUUACUUCGUGUGGAAAAUACCAGAUGUAAAGAUAUUGAAAGAUUGGUCAUACAGGCUGAGGAAUUGGUGCAGAAGCAAGCUCAACAAAUGGCGAAGAAGAAAGGAUCAAGGACGUUUAAACCGCUCAUGUUUGAAGAGGAAGGCAAGAAUAUAAACAGGAACAAAAUGUCGCGGAUAAAAGAAUGGCUCAAUCAAAGCUCAGAUGGCAAAAACGAUAGUAAUCAGGGCACGGAAAGUUAUGAUGCAUCUGGCGAAUACACAACAGAGAGUGAAGUUGACACCUCGCUGACGUCAGAGGAACGGAACCUGCACUCCUCAAUGGAUAUGAGCACGUCAACCUGCACUGUCACUCCUACGCACCACGCCAAGGUACAACUGCGAAAGAAGCGGGGCGGCAACAGCGCGCGCCCGUGGUCGGUGUCCUGUCUCUCUCAGCUGAGCGGGGCGGUGGCUUCUCUCGUGGCCACGCCCACAGCGGGCGACGUUGCCGCUAUGUCGCACAACAUGUCGAUAUCGGAGUCAGCGCUCAAUACGUUGGCGUCGCCGCAAAGGGUGACGCCGGCUAAUUCGAACUCGAAAUUGAGAGGCAGUUCGACUACAGUGCAGGGCCACGUAUCCAGCACAAACACAAUGACAGAAGCCUGCACAUCCUGCGUCGAAACCUCCGACAAGCAGUGCUGGCUGCGACGCAAGCGACUCAAGCUGCGACGUCACAACAACUCAGCCAGAAGGGAGCGCCUGGUCAAAAGCCAGUCCUUCUGUGGACGACUCAGUCCCGAGAUAGAGGAUAAGCACGAGAGAAGUGCUGCCAGCGACCCCGCUACUAGCAGGAAGGGACGGUUCGACACAACCUCAACAUCGGGCAACGACAGCGACGAAGACCUGCGCAAAAGCAUAGAGAAGACCCACAUCUCCACACGAGACCAAGACAGUGCCAUUCCAGAACAGAACGAGCAAGAAACUGUGGCCCCAAGCUUCAAACUAGGCCCGGCAGGGGGCGCAGUCAGGCCCCGUAUAGCAAGAAGUACGGAGAGGGAAAGAUCCUUCUUAGCGCUGAGUUUGGGAGACCCGAAUCAACUGUGGGAUCUGAGUAUGGAUAAGGACUCAGAUGUGGAUAAGAGUGUGACGGCUGGGACGGAGGAACACAGCUCGUUUUCGGAGCAGGCCUGGGACUUUUACCAGGAAAAGUACAACUCCGAGCCGUACUCCGAAGCCCCGGACUCCGACGCCGCGCGCCGCUUACUCGAGUUCGGCGACGACUACCGCGCCUUCCUGGACUCGCAGUCCGACUGCUGCUCAAGCCUGUCCGCUCAGCCCGAGCGAGCCAGCCCCUCCCGUCGCCGGCCCUCCGCCUCCCGCGAGAGAAGCCUCCCCCGCCACAAACGCCCCACUAAGGAGGGAAGGUCCCCCGACGAACCCCCACGAAAACCCAAAAAGUCAAUGUCCAGCGCCGAACGCAAAAAAUCACUACUCGACAGCCUCGAGCGCUCCCGAAACAACACCAGCAUCGAAAGCAACGAUGGCGUACGACGCCGCAAAACGGACCCCAAAAACAACAAGCGCUCGCCCGAAUUCGAUUUGCUCAACGUCCAAGCUCUCAGCCGGAGGCGACACAGCUCAAACCUAACCAGCGAUGAAAUCAACAGCUCGUUAGAAUACACCGAAGUCAACAACCGCCCUGACAUCUUAGACUCUUUAAAUCGAAGACGGCGAACCGAAAAAGACGGCGAGAGCGAACUCCAAAAGAUCGCAUUAUCCGAAUUGCGACGGCGCUCGACCGAAAGCGCGGACUCUGAAGACGAAUCGUCCAGCCCGAAGAAGCACAGCCACCGCACCUGGGGGGAGGACUCCGAUUCGGAGUCCGAGGAAGUCCGGUCUCUAGUCCGUCGCUCGAGCACGCAGCUGGAAGCGGUCGAGGCUCUCAUGGCGCGCCAAGACGCGUCGCCAGACCUGCUCCGAGCAUUCGACUACGUAAGGAACAAAUUCGAUACCGAUUACAGUAGUAGUUUCACGGACAGCGAUGAUGACGUCGCGUCGUGCGUCACCCGGCGCCCCGCAUGCUUCAGGGCCAGGCUGUGUCUAGCACUAGCCGCCUUCUCGAUACUUGUAAUAGUCUACAUACAUUUACAAUGACACUUGGCUUGGGCUUGUGUGAUAUUUAUUAUUAUGUAUGUAAGUAUACGUAUAAAAUUCGCUGCGAUCGUCAGACUACGUGAGAAUGUGGUUAAAAGUCGAAUGAAUGACGCGUCGUUAUAGAAAAAAUUGUAUAUGUGCAAACUACACUACAACGAAAUUGUACAAAUUGUAUUAUUUAUAUUUAAAUUGUUAAUAUAAUCGUAAUAACUACUAUGAGUUAAGUUAAUUAACGGUUAAGUUGGUUGAAGUCUGACAAUCGCAGCCUACGUGCCCAUCAGAAAAUAAUUCUACUAACAUACUUAGUAUACAUUUAUUAUUCCAUUUAUAAUAACUUCUAAUACAGGCUCACUUAAGAUCAGUUUAACUGGCAAAAGUGAGGCAUAUAUCUUAUCAUUCCUAUGGUCACGUAUUUGGUUUUUUUUUUCAACUAACACCCCGUUUGUCGUGUGUUUUGUGAUUGUAGUUUUUUUACUAACUGCCUGUUUUGUUUUUCUUUAUUUUUUAAUAUUUUCGCCUCUAUCCGGUGGUGAUAACUUGGUGCUAGGGCAAGUCUAACUAGAAAAUGCUUAAAUUAAAUAAUAACUUAUACGCUUAUGUACUGUGGUGCAAAGGUACAGAAAGUUUCGGUCAGGAAUCAUUCCGAGUUACCUGUGGCAUACGACGAUUAAAAAGUAAAAUGUCCGUUUGACGGCUGUCACAUUGACGUUUUCGUUAACGUUCAGAAAUGUGAGGCGAUGGCAAGGUUACGAAUUAUGAGCGGAUAAUUUAUUUAAUUUAUGAUCUAAGUACCUCAAAUAGAAACGAGAUUUCUUGUCAUUGAGUGAUAAUAGUUAUACGUUUAAUUAGCUCUGUCAAUAAUCUAUUUUUGUGUUAUAUCUACUAGAUUUCUCGCAUAAUAUUUACUUUGUAAAUGUAAUUUGACUGAACUCCUCAAUCUCUCACAGUAUAACUGUAUGUACUUACUUUGUUUAUAGGGAUAGGUUGUUAAUUGAUCUUAUUCUUAUACAAAAUGUUAAAGUAAAAGUGCUGUU